GGUGCCCAUAUAUGAAAAAUGCGACACAAACCUCUUUCAAACGCAACACUACAUAUCCGACUAUAUCACUAACCGUUUAGACACGAGGGUGCCCACCUCAAACCCCCAAAACAACCUACCCAUCUUGGCUAAAGAUUAGAAGUGUAGAACAUACAAAAUAGAAUAGUCAUCUCAUCACUAAAUAUUCUAUAAUUGUUAGGUAGGCAAAGGCCACUCUCGACUGCUUACACCACAAUCAAACUUCUAGAAUAGCGUCGGUUGUGUAUUCUCUCUGUUUAUCUCAAGAACAUAACCAUAGGGAGUAAAUAAUUCUUUGUAACAGCCAAUUUAAUACAAACCCCAGAAUUUUACUCUAAAUCUGUGAAAAAUUCACCCAGAUUUUGGUCGGAUUGAUCAAUUUGUGGAUCUUGGAAUUUCUACUGUAAUUCGUCCAUUUAGGUACUUUUCUCUGGUACCCAUUUCACUAUUCUCGAUUGUUAUCAAUCUUCACUUACAAAUUCAAUUUCUUGGUAGUUGAUUCUUGUAUAGUUUUCAAUUUAAGAUCUUGGAUUACCCCUAAUUUGAAAUGGGUAAACCAUUGUUUUAUGAAAUAUUGGAAAAACCUGCUACUAGUUGUAUUAUAGCAAUUUGUAGUGCAAUUUGGUUUUAUAUUCAGAAAAAGAAUAUUGGGUAUUCACAAGUUGGAUUAAGCUACGAAACUGCUAUUGAAGGGCAUCAUUGGAGGAUAAUAACAUCAGCUUUUUCACACAUUAGUGUGAUCCAUCUUGUUUUUAAUAUGAGUGCUCUUUGGAGUCUUGGUAUUGUAGAACAAUUAGGAGAAACGGGUCUAGGAGUUCAAUUUUAUCUUCAUUAUACUCUUGUAUUGGUUGUUUUAUCUGGAAUAUUGGUAUUAGGGUCUUAUCAUGUUCUUAUUCAUAAGCUUAAGUUAGAGCAUUUUCAAAGAGUGACGGCUGUUGGAUACUCUUGUGUUGUUUUUGGGUGGAUGACGAUUUUGUCGGUGAAGCAACCGAGCUCGAAGUUGAAUCUUUUUGGGUUUCUAUCUUUGCCUAUUAGUUUUGCGCCUUUCGAAUCAUUAGUUUUUACGUCGAUAAUUGUUCCACAAGCUAGUUUUCUUGGGCAUUUGUCAGGGAUUAUUGUUGGGUAUGCUAUUGGUUGGGGUUUGAUUCAUGGGAUGAACAAUUAUUGGGCUUUGACAUUGUUGGGAUGGAUUGCUCUUGUUUUCGUUGUGAGUUUGAAGCGAUCAGGUGCAUAUGACUUUGAGUUCCUCGAGAUUGAAUCUGUUACCGAUCCUUCGUUGCCUAUGGUUCGGUUUCUUGCACCUGCUAAUGGUAGAACAUUGCAAAUGAGUUCAGUGCCAACAGGAGGCGUUGAAUUGGUUUGAAUUUUGUGAUCGGAAAGAGUGGAUUAGCUUUGUUUGGCUGACUCUAUAUGGACAUUAGAUGGUUUCAUGUUGUGAUUAUCCAGGAGCCAGGACUUUUGUUCUGUAUUUAACGCUUAGGAGUGUACAACGGACUGUACAACAUUUCAACUCAGCUUCUAUCAGCCCAGAAAUGAACCUUUUUGACCUUCUAGUGCAGUAUAUAUAUGUUUUGUUGCGUCAUUCAAGGUCAGUUUUAAAUUGGAAUUGCUUUUUCAUUGUAUAUUUAUGGCUAAAAGAUUGAAUUGUUCCGAUUAUUGGUUUACAUCUGACCUUAUGCUAGCCAAUAGUGGCAGAUGAAUCUUGUAGAUUGUUCCAUUUAUUGCAAAAAAUCUUAUAGUAUUUUUCCAUAUGUUCCUUAAAUUGCCUAUUUUGUUCCAUGUACUAUUAAUAUCUUAUGAUUCUAUUUUAUCAGCAUUUA